UACAAUUUUACUUUGCAAUUUCUUCGUGGACGAUGGUUUAUGAUGUUUGCUUCAUACUUGAUCAUGGCUGGUGCAGGUGCAACAUAUUUAUUUGGUGUUUAUUCGAAAACUAUAAAAUCGACACUUGGAUAUGACCAAACUACCCUCAAUCUUCUUAGUACAUUCAAAGAUUUGGGUGCUAAUGUUGGUGUCCUUUCUGGUCUUUUAGCUGAGGUAACACCUACUUGGUUUGUUCUAUUAAUUGGAUCACUAAUGAAUUUAAGUGGAUAUUUAUUAAUAUGGCUAGCCGUGACCAAAAAAAUUGCAAAACCUAAAAUAUGGCAUAUGUGUUUGUACAUAUGUGUAGGUGCAAAUUCACAAAAUUUUGCUAAUACUGGUUCACUUGUUACAUGUGUUAAAAAUUUCCCACAUAGUAGAGGGAUGAUGUUGGGAUUGAUGAAGGGUUUUGUAGGUUUAAGUGGUGCAAUAUUUACACAACUUUAUUUAGCUAUUUAUGGUAAUGAUUCGAAGUCGUUGAUACUUUUAAUUGCUUGGCUACCUGCACUCUUAUCGCUGAUUUUUAUAUUUAGUAUUAGGGAGAAGAAAUUUUCUAGACAUCCUAAUGAGGUGAAAGUAUUUUAUGUGACACUUGUAAUAUCAAUUGUAUUGGCUUUGUUAUUGAUGGGGAUUACAAUUGCACAAAAGUACAUUGAGUUCUCACACAUUGGUUAUGUUGCAUGUGCUACUAUAGUUUGUGUGGUGUUAUUUUGUCCAUUAUUUGUUGCAAUAAGGGAGGAGUAUGCAAGUUGGAAGUUGAAUAAGAAAGAAUUGGAAAGUGUACCUUCUAGGGUUAUUGUUGAAGAACCUCCUUUGCCGAUAUCUAGGGCGCCGGUGUCGGAAAUCGAGUUGCCGGAAUAUUCUUCCACGGUGAAAGUACAAGAGAAGAAGGAAGUUGGAUGUUUUAGUGACAUAUUCAAGAAGCCAAAAAGGGGUGAGGAUUAUACUAUAUUACAAGCAUUAUUGAGUAUAGACAUGUUGAUAUUAUUUGUGGCAACUUUUUGUGGACUAGGGUGUAGUUUAACAUCAAUAGACAAUUUGGGACAAAUUGGUGAGUCCUUAGGGUAUCCACAACAUACCAUUAGCACAUUUGUGUCCCUAAUGAGUAUAUGGAACUAUUUUGGUAGGGUUUGUUCAGGAUUCAUCUCUGAAAAACUUCUUUCGAAGUGGAAAGUCCCUCGUACACUAAUCAUGACCUUUGCUCUCAUCUUGCCUGCUAUAGGCGAUCUCAUCAUUGCAUUCCCAUUCUCUGGUUCAGUCUACGUGGCAUCAUUACUUAUAGGUUUCUCUUUUGGUGUCCAAUUGACACUCCUUUUUAUUAUAAUAUCGGAGUUAUUCGGACUGAAGUAUUACUCAACGUUGUUCAAUUGCGGUCAAUUGGCUAGUCCACUUGGAUCAUAUAUAUUGAAUGUGCAAGUUGUUGGGAGAUUAUAUGAUAAUGAGGCAUUGAAGCAACUACAAAGUAAAGGGUUGACAAGAUCAAUGGUGAAAGAAUUAACUUGCAUUGGUAAACAAUGUUAUAGAAAUUCUUUUAUUAUAUUAGCUUGUGUUAAUUUAUUUGGAGCUAUUGUUUCUUUGAUUUUGGUUAAGAGAACUAUGGAUUAUUACAAGAGUGAUAUUUAUAAAAGGUUUAGAGAUCAAAUGGAAGCAAAUGAAAAGGAGAUGAAGAUGAUUUCUACUACUGAAAAAUAA